GUAUCAUCUUCAAAUGGCUCGUUCGGUACCAGUGCCCGCCUUUUUCCAGGUCCUUGUUGGUGAUUUCUCUGAGAAACUGAAAAUGCCAACAGCUUUUGUCAACCACUUCAAUGGAUCAGCACUUUGCAAACUUCGAGGCCCUAGUGGAAAGUGCUGGGAUGUAAUAUUGGAAGAGGAAAAUAAUGAUAUUUUCUUCCAUAAAGGCUGGAAUAAAUUUGUGAAUGAUAAUUCUUUGGAGGAAGGACACAUUUUGGUUUUCAAUUAUGAUGGCAAUUCUUGGUUCAAUGCGACAAUCUAUGAUAAUAGUGCAUGUGAAAUGGACAUGGAAGCAGCCAAGACAAAGAGAAGUACUGGGGGUCUUGAUGGUCAAAGGAGGGAUUAUGUCAUGCCUGGGGAGACAAUAAUCAGAAUCAUUGAGUUCAAAUCAGAGCAUCUUUGCUUUAAGAGAACUAUGGAGAAGCACAGACUGUAUCAGCUGAGCAUUCCAAUAAUAAUAGCCAAGGCUAAGGGUCUCAUAAGCAAGAAGACUAUAGAGCUUCGGGAUCCAAGCAACAGAUCAUGGCCUAUUAAAGUGACUCGCAUGGGAGAUGGUCGUUUACUUAUGAACAAAGGCUGGCGUGCUUGUAGCAAGUGGAACCAGAUUAAGAAAGGGCACACCAUUGUUUUUGAGUUUGUGAAGGGACAUGUGAAGCUUCACAUCGUUAGAGAUGAGGGGUGUGAGGUGAUACUCACAGGUCCUAAUGUCGUAGAUUGAAGCUAGUUCCCACUGCAGGUGCAAAACUCUUUUCAAAUGCUGUGAUUAAUGGGAAUGUGAUCAGAGCAUUAACUUGUCUAUUUUCAGUAGGGUUAUUUUUCAUUUCCGAGACGCUUAUUUUCCUCUUAUGUAUUAGUGAUUGUUGUUUGGUAUGUUCUGUAAUGGGAUUUGAAUGCAAUUUGGAAAGAGAUAAUUGACUAGUUGCUAUUUGAAUGGUCCUAUAAUGAAGGGAAAGAGACUUAUUGUGA